UACCAAAACGAUUUUAGUAUAUAUUCCUAAACUGAAACGUAACAAUAGAAAUAAAAACAAGUGAUUAUUACCGAAUUCUUUUCGAAGAAGAGAAGCAGUACGAUCAAUCCAUGCCAAAAAAAUGUGAUGAGUCCAUACGAUUAUCUUCAGUGGAUUCAAAUAUAUCAAUAGAUGAUCUAUGAAAACCUGCAUUACCCAUCAACGCAGAAAUAACAAGACGUGAACCUGUGGAGAAAAAAAUUGUAGGUAGCUUUUAAGAAAGAGAAAUUGUACCUUUGCCAUUACUCUGUCGUAAACGACCAAUACCAGUAUCUCUAUCAGUCCACACGAAGGUUUUUUUUUCGUUCUGAUUACACCACGUUUCAUCAUGCCAAAAAACGACUGUUUCAUUGUUUCGUAGUUCAUCGAUUUUCGAAAAGUAACGUGCACGACCUGCCAUGUAAAACGAAGAAUCAAGGGGAACAACAAUUUUCGUUGUUCUUUUAUACGCAAAACCUAAUUUUUUCAUCCACCGCCAUAACGACGACGUCGAACGAAUCGGAAAAUCAGGAUCGUCACUCAAAAUUCGAGUGAGAACUUUAUCGACGGUUGGGUAGAUCGGCUCAGCCAACAUCAGAUGAACAUGGUAACUAUAAAUAGUGUAUAUAUAUUAAACAGUGUAUUCUGGUGAGUAUGCCUACCGAACAUUUUCUUUUUGACUUUCUGUCAAAAGGAUAGGAGAACGACCGGAAUUACCACGUUUUCGUGAUGAUUUAGCAACAGGCAUAAAUGUUGUUACAGUGGAACUGGAUGCAGCAGUAACUGACGAAGAUGAUGAUGUUGAUGAUGAUGAUCUGGUACGUGGAUUUCGAAGCCGAACAGUAGCUUGA